AGGCCUGAGUAAGGGUUACACAUUUGGGCCAACAUUCCGGGCAGAGAACUCUCGUUCUCGAAUACAUUUAGCUGAAUUCUACGUGGUAAAAUCAGAAACAGCUUUUAUUGAAUCACUAGAGGAACUCAUGAAAGUGAUGGAAAAUUUGAUAAAAGAUGUUACGAGCAAAGUACUGGGAAAGUGUACUGACGACGUUCAAACACUGUGUUCAGCAGCUGGAAAUGAAGACUCAUUAUUAUCUGUUCUUGAGAAACCUUUUGAAGUCAUGACACAUGAAGAGGCAGUUGACAUCAUAGAUGGGAAUUCAGGAAAUUUUGUUUCACUGGUAGAGAGGGGGCAAGGGUUUGGGAAAGAACAUGAACUUUAUCCUGUGAAACAUGCUGGUGGUUGCUCUGUAUUUGUAGUAGACUGGCCUCAUGACAUCAAGCCGUUCUAUAUGAAAUAG